UUCAAGUAGGUCGUGGGCUAAGCAUUCGUGCAUGUCGUCGUUUCCGCUCAGAAUCGCCAGACGGCGCUGCUGCCAAAAUAUGGCGCUGUCAUAUCGGAUAAGAAUAUUUCUAAUACAAGUUUUAUUUGUAUCCAUCAUUGAUCAAGUUUUGCCGGAUAGGACGAGCCUGAAGAUAUAUCAACAUAUCCAGGCCGAAUUCUACUGUUUCCGAAGACUUAACGGGACACACGAAUUCGGAUGUUCGUCUGAGAGGAGUGGGAAUGUUGGCGUAAUUCACGUUGUGUCGGCCGAAGAGGAUGUACAGUUUAUUCUUGAUGAUGACAGCGGCGUCAAAUACAUUGCUGCUCUCCGCUCGGAUUUCUUCAACAUGGGUAACAUGACAAAGCUCCAAGACUCUGGUCGGGUUACCGGUGUGAUUGUGCUACGGAGUAGGCAAGACCUCCCAGAAGAAGGCUUUUCGCCAGACAGCACAUGUCCAAAUGAUGGCUUCGGCCUGUACAGUGACCACAACCAGUACUCUGGUUGUAAAAAGGUUUCCUGGAAUGCCAAGAAUCCGGGUACAGACAUGUUUUUCACUCGCUGGAACUUUCCAAUCUUCUUGGUUGAUAAUGAGACAAGUAUUGACAUUAUCGUUAAUAAGUGUUUCAAUAGCUACAACCUGCCCGCGAAAGGCACGCAUGAGCGCAAGUGGCCCCUGUGUGCAGCCCAGCUUAGAAGUAGGAUGAGCGCAGCCAAAGACAGUGUCACCUGCAUUAGACGGAGUGAGAACUUGGUGACCAUGAACCCUUUGCGCUACUGUGAUCCUCUCACAGAUAGAAAUGUUAUCUCUACACUGUACCCCACAUCCAAUGAAAAGCCAGUGAGCGACCGUUCUGUGGUUGUCGUCGGGGCAAGGCUCGACACCUUCUCAAUGUUCGAUGGCCUUGCACCCGGCGCUCACUCGUCAGUGUCAAGUUUUGUCACGUUGCUCGUAGCGGCCCAGAUGCUUAACCAACUGAAGGUGGCCCAGAAACCAGAGUUUGUGAAGAACAAUGUCCUCUUUGUUUUGUUUAAUGGAGAAGCCUUUGACUACAUUGGCUCUAGUCGAAUCGUGUACGACAUGGAAAAGGGCCAGUUCCCACUUGUCAACCAAUCAGGGUCGGCCAAGGUGCAGCCGGCAAAUCUGGCCCUGAAGCACAUCUCUCACUUUGUGGAGCUCAGCCAGGUGGCACCACUGGGAGAGUCCAGCACCAUUUACCUGCACACAGAUCCUGUCUCGACAGGCUCUGCUGAAGUGAACCAGACGGUGAAGAACCUGGUUGAGCAGAUCAAGAGGGCAGCAGAAGCCCAGCCUCUGGAGCUCACUGUAGAAGCAUCGCCCCACGAGCAGCCAUUGCCUCCAUCAUCAGUACAGCGCUUUCUGAAGAAGGACAAAAACAUUGCUUCUGUGGUCAUCACCAACCACAACAAGCAGUUCCUAAACAGGUACUACAACAGCUACCUUGACACCUGGGAAAACCUGAACUCUACCGGUUGGGACCUGCAGGCAGUGGCAAAACAACUGACCAAACUGGCUGCAGCUGUGGCCUCUGCUGUCUUUAAGGUCAUCACAGGGGAGGAUGCCAAGGGCCUCGCCUUGGACAAGUUCAGGACGGUGGAACUCCUGGAGUGUUACGUUCUGAAUGCUUCGUGCACCCUGUUCGGUGAAGUCACAAACAAGGCAUCUGUGUCAACUAUGAGAAGCAAACCGUUCCCUUUGUAUGUGAGUGUGGAUCCAAACGGCCGCACAAUCAACCCGUCCACCAUCCUGACCCGGCUGGUCAUGGCCUACCUCACGGGGGAGCACCUCAAGAAGGUCACCAAGGAGAACUGCAGCUCCCUUACUGAUUCAGACAAGCUCCACCAGUACAUCUGGAUGGAUGGCCCAGAUACGAACGAAACAGGCUUGUGUGUGCGGUCCACCACAAUGAUGACACUGGCACGUUCCCCAGCACAUGAACUCAAAGACUGGAGCACACGGGAGUACUCAACAUGGACUGAGAGCGUAUGGGAGGAGGCGUCGCUGCAGGUGUUCCUCAUGCCCAGCUUUCGGCAGGAGGUGUCCGUCCUCAUCGGCGGCAUCGCCGUGUUCCUCGUCUCCCUGCUCACCGUGCACUGCCUGAACCAGAAGGCCCUAGUGCUGUUCACGCCACGCGCCCUGGUGGGCAUCUAGGGAAGCGACACAAAUCACAUUGCUUUGGCCGACUGGACAAGCUACCAGGCAGGUGACAAUAGUGGUCAUCUGCCACCCCCUGCUGAACUCUAAAGGCACGCAACCACCCCAGGACAGUUACUAGAAAAAUUGACCCCCACCCCCCUCUCCACUUGUUUAUUAAGUUCAUUAACUGCCCUUUCUUACUUUCUAGUUCUAUUUUUUAAUUGUGGUGCCAUUCUGACUUAAAAAGUAUUUUGUGUGA